AUGAGUGGCCGAAAGCUCAGCGCGGAUGAGCUCAAGCUCCAUCAAGCUGCUCUCGCAGCACACGACAAGAUACUUGCAGUGAAAGAUGCUGACAAGGUUGUACCGGAUGCAGCUGCUUGCAUGGCUGCCAUCAACUUUUUGCUCGGGACGGGGAUGUUCAAGGUUAUGGCCAGUGCUGGUGGGGUAACUGCAUUCCGAGCUGUGGCAAAGAAUGAGAUAGAAAUAAAGAAGGACAUGAUGCCCGAAGAAGCUAUGGUCCUCAGCCACAUCCAAGCAUCCAGAAAUGAAGGAAUAUGGACGAAACACCUAAAAGCCAAGACCGAACUGCACCAGACUGUCAUCGAUCGCUGUCUGAAAUCCCUAGUCCAAAAACAACUCCACCCAAUGCACAAGAUAUACAUGCUUGCUCACCUGGAGCCAUUGGUAGAACUCAUGGGUGGUCCCUGGUACACUGACAAUGAACUAGAUGCUGAGUUUAUCAAGCUUUUAUCUUCUGCAUGUCUCCAUUACAUCUGUGACUGCAUAGGAAAACAUGUUUCACCUAAUCAAAUAUGUUUAUACGUGAUAGGUGCAGCUUCAUCUUACCCAUCCACACAACAAAUACAACACUUCCUCAGCAAGAGUAAGAUUAUGGAGACAGAGUUGGGAGUUGAGCAUGUAGAGAUGCUCUUAAGAGUAUUGGAGCUCGAUGGUGAGAUUGAAAAGAUUCCUGCAUUCAGUGCUGGUGCCUGGAAUCUUCUGUCUGAUUCUGAAGGAAGUGGUUCCGGCUUGGAAUCUGAAUUGAGUGAGGAUGACUGCUCUUGUUUGAAGAAGCAUAAGUGUGGUUCUAGCAAGACCAAAGAGUCGAGCAAGUGCAAAUGGUGGAGGACAAAAGAAGACUCCAAAAGUGAUUCAGACAGUGAAUCUGAGGAUUGGUCAAAGGCGAAGAGAUGGAAGAAAUGGUCAAAGAGAGACAAGGACAGCGAUGAAGAAAGUUCUGCAAAAUUGUCAAAGAAGAGGAAGUGCAAGAGUAAACAUAGUGAUUCAUCUUCAGAGGAGGAAGAGGAGGAAGACAGAAAAAAGAAACAUAAACACAAGUCAAAAAAAUGCCAGGAUAUGUCUUCCACCAAAGAAUCUGAAUCCAGCGAGGUUUCAAAUGGUAUCUUCGUAUAUCGUGUGAUCAGACAAGAGCAUGUCGUGCUUGGCUGGUCACAGGCCCCUUGCAGGUGA